UUUCAUAAUAAUAGAAACUGAAUUGAGAAGACCGUCAGCCGAAGACGACAGAAAAGAGUGCCAAUCGGAUUUAGCUAGCUAACAUUUUAGAAACCUAUUGAAAUAUCUGUGGAAAACAGAUUUGAGUGAUUGCAGCGUUGUCUCCUUUAAUAAAUAAAAAUGGCAACCCAGCUUGGAGUAAGAUUAUGGUCAGCUGCAAAGAAAAUCGACAUAUUCCCAAAACUUCUUUCUGCAGGUAAUCUUGUCAGACCAGCAGCAACCAGCAACAGGAAUUUUCAUUUCUCAAUAGAAGGAAGACAAACAGGAGAUGGAACCAAAACAAGUCAGGUUUCAAGAGACUAUCCUGUUGUUGAUCACACCUUUGAUGCUGUUGUGGUCGGUGCUGGCGGUGCCGGUCUUAGGGCGGCAUUUGGUCUGGCUCAUGAAGGAUUUAAGACUGCCUGUGUCACAAAACUCUUCCCUACCAGGUCACAUACAGUAGCAGCACAGGGUGGUAUCAAUGCUGCACUUGGGAACAUGGAACCAGAUAAUUGGAGAUGGCACAUGUAUGAUACUGUCAAAGGCUCUGAUUGGCUAGGAGAUCAAGAUGCUAUUCAUUACAUGACGGAAGAAGCCCCCAAGGCUGUUAUUGAGCUUGAGAACUAUGGUAUGCCUUUCAGCAGAACAGAAGAAGGUAAGAUCUACCAGAGAGCGUUUGGAGGUCAGAGCUAUGACUAUGGUAAGGGAGGUCAAGCACAUCGAUGCUGUGCUGUAGCAGACAGGACAGGUCAUUCACUGCUUCAUACACUCUAUGGACAGUCACUGAUGUAUGAUACAUCAUACUUCAUUGAGUACUUUGCACUGGAUCUGAUUAUGGAAGAAGGGGAGUGUCGCGGUGUGGUGGCGCUCUGCAUGGAAGAUGGCUCAAUCCACAGGAUCAGGGCCAAGAACACAGUCCUUGCUACUGGUGGCUAUGGACGUGCAUACUUCAGUUGUACCUCGGCUCAUUCAUGCACCGGGGAUGGGACAGCUAUGCUUACCAGGGCUGGGCUAGCGAAUGAAGAUAUGGAGUUUGUCCAAUUCCACCCCACAGGUAUCUAUGGAGCGGGUUGUCUGAUUACAGAGGGAUGUCGAGGAGAGGGUGGAUACCUCCUCAAUAGUGAAGGUGAAAGGUUCAUGGAAAGGUAUGCUCCUACUGCCAAGGAUCUUGCAUCAAGGGAUGUUGUCUCAAGGUCGAUGACUAUUGAAAUCAGGGAAGGAAGGGGCUGUGGACCAGACAAGGACCAUGUAUACCUGCAGCUGUCCCAUCUACCACCCCAGCAGCUAGCCACCAGGCUGCCCGGUAUCUCGGAGACUGCCCAGAUCUUCGCUGGCGUGGAUGUCACCAGGGAUCCAGUCCCGGUGCUCCCGACUGUCCACUACAACAUGGGUGGUGUGCCUACCAACUACAAGGGACAGGUCCUGGAAUACAGUGAUGAGAAUGGUGACACAGUUGUUCCUGGUCUGUAUGCCUGUGGAGAGGCUGCCUGCGCCUCGGUCCAUGGCGCCAACAGACUCGGAGCUAAUUCUCUUCUUGAUCUGGUUGUCUUUGGACGUGCUUGUGCUCACACCAUCAGGGAAGAGAACAGACCAGGAGAUCUGAUCCCAGACAUCAAAGCGAAUGCCGGUGAGGCUUCAGUGGCUAAUCUUGAUAAGUUGAGGUAUGCUGACGGUGACAUCAAGGCUGCUGAACUCAGGCUCAAGAUGCAAAAAACAAUGCAGAACAAUGCAGCAGUGUUCAGGACUGGAGAGACAUUAACAGAGGGUUGUGAGCUCAUUAGUGAUGUCUACAAGAACCUAGAUAACAUCAAGCUCUUUGAUCGUGGCAUUGUGUGGAACACAGAUCUGAUUGAGGCUCUUGAGCUACAGAAUCUUUUGUUGAACUCGGUCCAGACCAUGUACAGCGCUGAAGCACGAAAAGAGAGUAGGGGAGCCCAUGCAAGAGAGGAUUUCAAGGAUCGUAUUGAUGAGUAUGAUUAUAAGAAACCCCUCGAAGGUCAAGAGGAGAAACCAAGUUCAGAACAUUGGAGAAAACAUACCAUGUCAUACAUGGAUGAACAGACUGGAGAGGUCAAGCUGGAGUACAGACCAGUUAUUGACGAGACCCUAGACCAACAAGACUGUGCUACUGUCCCACCGGCAGUACGAUCUUACUAAACCAGCAUCCAUCAGAACAUCAUGAAGAAUUAUACAUAUAUACAUUCUAACUUGUCUGGAACAACCAGCGUCUGGAGUAAAUAAGGUCUUAAUUAAUGGACAUGUUCCUGCAAUGCAGGUUUUGAUAAAGAAUAUUAUCAUAAGGAAACCAGGUUGUGAUCUUUCUUGACGGUCUCUCUAUACAGCUGGUUUCUAAAGCAAGUUUGACAAUACACCACAGAAGCUAGGGUGAAUAUAAAAACUAUGUGGCCAAGGAUUAGAUUUCAUAAAGGUCGUCUCAGCAGAUGUUUGAUAAAUGUUGUCACUUGCCUGUCAAUAGUGAGUUGAUUAUUACUCAAAUUAUGGUAAAAGUUGGUGGUCACUUCAAUCAUUUUGUACCAAGGGUCUAAGGUUUGGCCCUGUAUAUGGAAAACUACAAAGAUGAAGUUGCCAUCACCCUUCUUCAGUGAUUGUGAAGCCAUAUUCCAUGAAGUCAUGUCUACUGCUUGCUGAAAAGCAUAUUGUUACAAGAUAUUUUGUCACGUCAUCAAUGAUAAGUGGUUAUUUGUUAAAUGUCUUUUGUUUAAAUGUGGGAAUGUGUGUCUUACGCCGGGUUACCUGUGUUUUUCAGAAUGCUCCUGCCGAAGUAGAAUGUUGCGUUCUCUCAUAUCUUGAUUUAAAUUUGGAUAUUGUAUUACAUUGAAUACAGUGAUACCAUGGAAAACGCUUAAAUUUAGGUUAAUAAUGUUCUAUUAGUGCUUAUUUGGAAAUGAUUGGGAGCGUAUGACAAUUGUGGAAUGUUAAUUGUUUCAUUCAGGAGCUUUUUGUUUGAUAUUUUUGCAAUUUGAAAUAAGUUUAUCGCCACCAUCACCCAUCUCUAGUUGGUUCUGUUUCUUUAAGAUCAUCAUAAAUGGUGUUCAUGUGCGCUCCAUUUACGUCAUCAUUAUGAAAUAUAUGCACACUUUGUAUUAACCAAGAAAUGCAUUAUUUUGGGCUUUGUUUUGCACAUCGUUCAGUUGUUUCCUGCUGUGGAUAUCGUUUGAAUUUUGUUGUACGCAGUAUACAUCCAGUAAACGUUCCAACACUUAAUUAUUUAAAUAGAGCUAGAUACAUCCUUAUGAAUGAAGCGUACAUUGUCCUGGUCAGUGAAUAAUCUGGUAGAAUAAAGAUUAUUUUGCCUCAGCAUGCCAAAAUGAAUUAUUUCCAGUGCAGUCUCCUAUGGAUACUUUUAUAUCAAGCUCAGUAUUGUUGUAAAGUGAGACAUUAAGGAUCAUCCUUCUUCAUGUUGACAUGAAAACAAUUAUCCUGUGUAUGAUGUGAUGUGAUCCCCAAUUAUAUUGCACUCUGUUAUUAAAAAAAAAACAGUUUGCAAUGUAUGAUAUGACUAGUAUGGUAAAUAAUAAACCAUGUCUUAUUUGAUUAUGUAUUGUAUUUACUAUUUGAUUGGAAAGAAGAUAGAAGUUUUGUUCUACCUCUGAAUUCACACAUCUAAAAGUUAAGAUGUUAUUGAUAUGUUAUCCUAGAUUGAUAAUAUAUAACGAAUGCAAGAUAUAUUCAAUAUACUUAAGAAUUGGUUUUAAUUUUGCACUUAUCUUUGUAUAAAAUGAUUUAUUAUCUGAACAUUUUGGUAAUAAAUAUUGAUAAUGAGGGUUAUUAUAGGAUCAAUUAGAGACUUGGAUUUUUUUAAUCUGUGUUGCAGGGAUUCUAAAUUCAUUUAUGAAUAAAUUUAGGUGAAAGAAAUCCAAUGAUGUGAGUCAAGUAAGAGCUGUAUCAUUUAGAAGAUUUUCCCCCUUUUUUUGUUGAUACAUAAAAUGCAAUAUAAAUAUUUUUUUCCUGUAAAUGAUAUAUACAUGUAUAUGCUAUCAAUGUAAGUUUUCAAUUUGUCAUUGGGGUAUUCAGCUAUUAAUAACGACAUCAAGAUUUAUAUAUAACUUGAUGAGCUACCACAAUCUUAAAUUACUUUGUUCACUUUUGUAUCCAGAAAAAAAAAGUAAGAAAGAAAAGAAAAUAAUUGCACAAACUUUCUUUUUUUAUG